AUGAGAUCAGACAACAUCAAAACAGCCCAAAAGUCGCAAGAAUCGGAAGGAAGAGACUUUGUUCUUCCACCUUUUAGCCGUGACGUUACAACAGAUAAACCAGAAGCCAAGAGAUGGGUUGAGGACGGCUUCAUUUGGUGCUACGCCUUCAACCAUGCCGAGGCUGAGCGCUGCUUUGAAAAGGCCACCAAGAUCGACCCCGAAUGCGCCUUGGCGUACUGGGGAAUUGCAUUUUCACUCGGACCAAACUACAACAAGAGUUGGCGAGCGUUUGAUCGAAAUGAUCUUAGACACACCACCUUGAAGGGUACUGAGGCGUUCAAAAAGGCCGAAUCGCUGGCCUCAAAGGCAAGCCCUCUUGAACAGGCUCUCAUUCGGGCUAUACGACAUCGCUACCCCAAGGAUGAAAAGGACACCAACAAUUCAAAGGUCUGGAACGAGGCCUACGCAGAGGCUAUGAGACCAGUCUACAAAGAAUUCAAAGAUGACCUCGACGUCGCAACACUCUAUGCUGACGCACUCAUGAAUCUGACACCAUGGGCGCUGUGGGACGUUCGAACAGGAAAACCAGCGCCUGGGUCCGAGGUAGUCGAGAUCCAAGAGGUAAUUGAGAAAGGACUCGCUCAGGACGGCGGGCAUGAACAUAUUGGUCUCUUGCACGCCUAUAUUCAUGUCAUCGAAAUGUCGACCGAGCCCGAGAAAGGCCUUGUUGCUGCUGAACAUCUGCGCAGACUUGCCAACGAGGCAGGUCAUCUUGCCCACAUGCCUUCACAUCUUGACAUUCUUAUCGGAGAUUACCGAAGAGCCAUCUCAGCCAAUACAAAGGCUAUCAUGGCCGACGAGAAAUUCGUGUCUCUGCGCGGUGGUGGUGACUUUUACACCAUCUACCGCAUGCACGACUACCACUCUCUCAUCUACGCUGCCAUGUUUGCUGGUCAAUACGCUGUGUCGAUGGAAGCUGUCGAGCGUAUGGAGUCGGCUAUUCCAGACGAGGAUCUGCGAAUUCAGUCACCACCUAUGGCUGACUGGUUGGAGACGUUCCGCUCAGUUCGUCCGCAUAUUCUGAUCCGCUUCGGAAAAUGGGAGGAGAUUAUUGAAACACCGCUCCCUCAGGACCAAGAGCUUCUGUGCGUUACGACAGCCACGAUACACUACGCCAAAGGUGUCGCCUACGCCGCUCUUGGCAACGUUGAUGAGUCUGCAAAACAGCGAGAACUCUUCCUCUCCGCAAAGGCACGUGUGCCCCCAACGCGUAUAGCAUACCCGAACAAAUGUUCCGAUGUUUUGGAUGUUGCAGAGGCCAUGCUUGACGGCGAACUCGAGUACCGACGGGGUAACAUCGAGUUAGCAUUUGAACACCUUCGCAAAUCUAUUGACCGAGAUGACAGUCUGCGUUACGCCGAGCCGUGGGCAUGGAUGCAGCCCGCCCGCCAUGCGUAUGCAGCUUUACUCAUGGAACAAGAGCGCAUUGAAGAAGCAGCCGAAGUCUACCGGACCGACCUCGGUUUGAACAACAAGCUCUUCCGCGCACGACAUCAUCCGAACAACGUGUGGGCUCUACACGGGUACCAUGAGUGUGCGGUAAAGUUGGGACUUGAUGGAGAGGCACGUGUCAUCAAGCAGCAGCUUAAGACGGCUAUGGCUUUUGUUGAUGUGCCUAUCGAGUCUUCUUGCUAUUGCAGACGGGAUGUCAAGAAUACAAAUGGGUGCUGUCGUUUGUAA